AUGCCUCCGAAGGAAACAUCCGGCCGCGGCAGGGGACGGCCCAAGGGUACCACGAACCGUCGUCAGUCUACAGAGACAGCAUCUUCCGAACCUAGUGACCCCUUUGAAUCCUCAGACGACCAGACGGAAGCACAGGAGACACGAGGAGGUGACGCUGACGACGCACCGCCACCAGAGAAGUCUAUACCUAAGGACCUAUUGACUCGCAUAUUGCACGAGUUCUUCACCAAGGACUCUACCAGGAUAUCUCGCGAUGCAAAUGCGGCGAUGGGCAAAUAUAUGGAUAUUUUCGUGCGGGAAGCCAUUGCUAGAGCGGCUGUGGAGAAGAAUGCAGGAUUCUUGGAGGUGGAUGAUUUGGAGAAGAUUGCACCACAGCUCUUGUUGGAUCUUUGA